CCUAACACCUUUUACCCCACUCACAUCUGCUCUAAAAUUCCCAUAUAAAUAUGUCUUUUUAUUUUUAUCCGUAUUAUUUCUCACCUUUUCUUCCUUCUACGCCAACUGCUAAUUAGUUGACAGUUCUUUAUUUAAGACCAGUAACGGUUUCGUAAGCCUCCUUGUCGGGAGCCAAUUUUUCAAAGUCUUCAUCAUGGAGAAACCAACUUCUCCGUCUUCCGAUCUAAACACCAACUCUGCCGUUGCCACCGCCCCAGUAGAGAACCGAAACUACGUAUCGCGACCGCCGUCUCCUCUUCGAUAUCAUUAUGACCAAGAUCUGACCACCGACUUCUCUUCGAUGUACAACUUCAUUUUCUCACCAAAUUCUGCUCUCCCUCACUCCCUUUCCUUCACCCCUUCCUCUUCCUCAUCCUCCGAUGACCUGAAACUCGCAUCGGACAAUUUAGCCACCGAACUCCGCCUCAACCACGCUCGUCUCAUCCUCGAGUGUCAGCAACUGAGUGACCACUUCGACCAUUGCUUCUCUCGCCUAGAGGCUCUCAUGGGAGAGCUUGAAAAGCUGCGUAAAGAGAACAUAGAUCUUAAGGUGGGCAAUACUGAGUUGAUCAAGUUAUUGAACCUGUCGUCCCAAGCCUCCAUGAAUAACAGAAACCUUCAAUGCGAAAAACUGCCGGAUCUGAAGAAGAGUUCACUUCCGAAGAGUGAUUCAUUCAGGUCACGUAGUUAUCUUCAGGUCAACCCAAGGCAAAGAGUCGUCACUCCCUCAGUGACGCCACGAGUUAGUGUUGAAUUAGUGGAAAGAAGGGAGAAGGGAAUUGAAGUGGAGGUAUACAAUCAAGGGAUGGUGAAGACGGAGAUAUGCAACAAAUGGCAAGAGAUAGGCUCGUGUCCUUACGGAGACCAUUGCCAGUUUGCCCAUGGUAUCGCCGAGCUACGUCCGGUUAUCAGGCAUCCGAGGUACAAGACCCAGGUUUGCCGGAUGGUUCUUUCGGGCGAGGCCUGUCCGUACGGUCAUAGGUGCCACUUCCGUCAUUCUCUUACGAACAAGAGCAACUAUUAGUUUCGCCCUAAUUCUUAUUCUUCAACUACAAGGUUAACGUAAAUAUCUUGGAGGAUUUCAUACUGUCGU